AUGUUUGACAAAAACGAGGCGGUAUCCAUACAAAUUACGCAAAAUUUAGUUCAAGAUCCAAAUUUAACUAGUGAUCUUGCUUAUAUAAAAUCGCACUUUAAUUUUUUGCCGAGUAGCAUAACUUUAUUAGAAAAAAAAAUAAAUACAUCUUUUAACGAUUCAAUUAAUUUGAUGAAGAAUGUUGAAAAUAAUAUUUCCAAAAUACCAAACGGAAACGUCGGAAAAGCAAUUCAAGACAAAUUUCAAGCUGUUUUAAAGAAAAAUAAAGGCUAUGAAACCUUGAAAAAAAUCUCUGCUUGUAUUGAUGGAACAAAAUAUGAAACUUUGGAAAAUAUGGAACAAAAUUUCAGCCCAAGCGACGUAUCUCUUUUUAAUUACGCUCCCGUCACAUCUGUCGACGUAGAGAGGAGUUUUUCAAGGUACAAAAAGGUAUUGGCUGAUAAUCGACGAACUUUCACAUUUGAAAACCUGAAAAAAACAUUCGUGGUACAAUGCAAUACGAAUGCUUUUGGUAUGUUUUAA